UGGCUGUUCUCUGCGUGUUGCAGGUGGAGUUGGCGCUCUGGGACACGGCCGGCCAGGAGGACUACGACCGGCUGCGGCCGCUGUCCUACCCCGACACCGACGUCAUCCUCAUGUGCUUCUCCAUCGACAGCCCCGACAGCUUAGAGAACAUUCCGGAGAAGUGGACCCCCGAGGUGAAGCACUUCUGUCCCAACGUGCCCAUCAUCCUGGUGGGGAACAAGAAGGACCUGAGGAACGACGAGCACACGCGCAGCGAACUGGCCAAGAUGAAGCAGGACCCUGUGAGGCCAGAGGAAGGCCGUGACAUGUCCAACAAGAUCGGCGCCUUUGGCUACCUGGAGUGCUCGGCCAAGACCAAGGAAGGAGUGCGGGAGGUAUUUGAGAUGGCCACCAGGGCGGCGCUGCAGGUCAAGAAGCGCAAGAAGAGGGGUGGCUGCCUGCUGUUUUGAGAGAGGCACGGGGGCCACGGCAGAUGCCAACUGAUAACUGCGACAAAAAAAAAGAGGAUUUAUCCUGACAAACCGCCAUCUUCGUCCUGUAUCUUACAUUUCACGCAAAUGAUGAGCGAGGAAUCUGGGCAGAAAAAAGAAAAGAAAAAAGACACCAAAACUCACAUUAAUCACAGGAAGACUGGGCUGCAACGCGGGUUUCAGAACUGACAUUUUUAACCAGACUUAUUCUUUUUUUCCUUUUUUUUUGGCACUAUGGGUCUUUUUUAUGUUGUUUUUCACCAGCAUAUCUUCCUAUUUGUAUGAAAGGAUAAUAAAUGUAUGUAUAUGUGUACACAUAAA